AUGUCUGCAGAGGAGGAAACGGACCACAGGCAAAUUUUCGGGAGCGACUCGGAGGACGAAGAAUAUGGUCAGGACGCGCGUGCACAGGAAACGGAGGUGGUGGAUACACUGCCGAGUAUUCCUCACCGUGAAGUGACGGAGGAAAUCAGCGCGCCCCCGAAAAAAAAAAAGUCGAAGCACGACGAUGACGACGACGUCGACGACGUCGUCGUCCAGGACAAUACGCCUGAACCUGAGGGGGAACAAGUGCCUGAAAUAUCUGAAAAAGAGCGUAUCCGCGCCCAAGUCGACGCGCAAAUCGAAGCAGCCCUUAAAGCAGGCAAACGACGCACUACACGCCGACGUGCAACUGGCGACGAUGACCUGGAGCUUAUGGCAGACGAAGAGGUGUCUGCGCUUCAAAAAGAAAUGAUUCUUGCAGCGGACGAGGACGAAGAGGCGAACCGACUCAAACAACCCGCCACAGCCAAGCUUCGCAUGCUUUCCCGCGUUGUCAGCACCUUGCAAAAGACGCAUUUGCAGCAAGCGAUUCUCGAUAACAACUUACUGGAAGGCGUGAAACGCUGGCUCGAGCCGCUGCCCGACCGGAGUUUGCCGGCGCUAAACAUCCAGAAACAGUUGUUCGGUGUUCUUGAGGCCAUGACAAUCGAUACCAUAAGUUUGAAGAUGAGCGGACUUGGUCGUGUGGUUGUGUUUUACACGCUUUGCGACCGAGUCGAGAAAUCGAUCAAGCGCAGCGCCGAGCAUCUCAUUGGUACGUUUAGCUCGCCUCACUGA